AUGCAAGGUCCCGUAACAUGGACCUAUCAUGCCAUCAAGAGACAACUCAACAAGGACAAGUCAGAGCCCAUUGAACAGCGUGAGAAGUCAACUCACAAGGGACGAUCAUGUUCACACCGAUCCGCGACCGAAGCCACCACCACCAGCAAAUGCGAAAUCUGCAUCGCCGAGAAGAGUGCCGCACGGAAGUACAGAUGGAAGCUGCUCCUCCUCCUCCUUCCGGGCUUUUUCGUGUCCAGCCUCGACUUGACCGUGGUGGCCACUGCUCUCCCAGCCAUAGCCUCACAUUUCAACAAGUUUAACGAACUGAACUGGAUCGUCACAGCCUUCACCCUAACCUCCUGCGCCUUCAUCCCCAUUUACGGCCAACUCGCCGACAUCUUCGGGCGCUAUGUCGCCCUGCAAUUCUCAAUGGUCACCCUCACUAUCGGCAGCAUCCUCUGCGCAGCUGCGCCCGCCUGGGGUAUCCUUCUCCUUGGCCGUGCCCUCCAAGGCGUUGGGUGCGCGGGCAUGAGCAACGUCUCGAUGAUCAUCCUCGCCGAUCAGGUUUCCCUGAAAGAACAAGCCAAGAUCACCAGCAUCUUCCAGUUCCUCAACGGCAUCGCUUACUCCACCGGGCCCGUCAUUGGAGGAUACCUCACGCAAGCCAACUGGCGGUACGUGUUUGCGUUGUGUGCUGGCAUGGGCGGCGCACGACCGCUCUCUCAAAACCAAGUCUUGGUCCCAAAUCUCUCUGCGCUCGCGUCCGGCUGCGCAACCCUCGACAUCGGCGGUGCCACCCUCUUUAUCGCUGGCGUUGGCCUGAUCAUCUUGGGCACCGCUUGGGGUGGUUCCUCGUAUCCGUGGUCCUCCGCUGGCGUCAUCGCGCCCUUGGUCAUCGGCUUCCUUCUAUGCAUCGCCUUCGUCCUCUGGGAACGCGCCCUCGAGCCCAACGGCCUCCUCUCCAAGUCCUUGCCACGCACUGUCCCCAUGAUCCCCUUCGACCUUUUGACAGACAAAGACAUCACCCUAAUCUGCAUCCUCGCCGCCGCCACCGGCACCGCCAUCUACGCCGCAUUCUACUUUAUCGGGAUCUACUUCACCCUCGUCGAAGGCAAACCCAGCGGCGAAGCCGGCCUGCAGUUGCUCUACUACGUCCCUGGCCUCGGCCUAGGCAUAUACUGGGCGAUGUUCGCCUGCAACGUCUACCCCCGCCAGACAUUCUUCCCGCUGAUCGUGGGCACCGUCAUCGAAACAAGCGGGAUGGCGGCGCUGACGUACGCCGUCAAGCGCGCGGAUCGGACGCUGGUCAAUGGGAUGAUGGCGGUGGCUGGAUUCGGGACGGGGUGUCGGUUCAUGCCGGAGGGGCUGCACCUGGCGGGGAUGUUCAGGAAUCGGCUGGCGCCGGUGUAUAGCAUUGCUCGCUUCGCGCAUCCCUUCGGGGGAACUCUGGCGUUGACUGUCAUGGGGGCGGUGUUUCAGAACAAGAUGGCUAAAGUCUUUGACAGUGUGGGAGGCGACGGAGGCUUCGAUAUGCACAACACGGCCUCGCUGGACGCGCUGAACGAGCAGAGCGAGGAGGUGCAGAGGGUGGUCCGAGCAGCCGGGGCGGACGCUGUGAUGUGGGCUUUUGUGAGUGUGUUGCCGUUCUUAGGGUUGAGUUUGCUGGCGAAUUUGGGGCUGGGGAAUGUCUGGAUCAGUAAGAGGGAGAAUGCAAGGAACAGCAGUUCACUCGAGCGGGAGGUAGGGCGUGAGGAGGGUGGCGCUGAAUUUGAGGACGGUGUCGUAAACGGCGGGAAGGUGCUCAGCGAAGCCGGCGAUUCGAAACGUGCUGAGGGGGCUCGUCAUAGGACGGUCAUUGAACGUGAUGGUCUGCCGGAUGUGCUGGCCGGGGUGUAUAUUUGGGCCAUCGCGCGGGGUAGGGUCAGGCAGGAGAGAAGGCCUGGUCCGGCGGAAGACGAGCCUUAUCGACGGAGGGGGGUGCGAGUUGAUAAUGAAGAAGGCUCGAUUGAGUCGCUGAAGCCGCGGAGGCUGGCUGAGAGGGAGAAGACGCGUGGAAAUAGAGGCGGUGUAUAG